CUCAUCUGUCGCGUCUCUUGCGCGUGGCCGUGGGGCGACCAGGGCCGGCCUGGCGUCUAGCGGCCGAGUCGCGGGACCAGGAUGCCCACCGCGCCGCGCCUGCGGCGGCUGUGUCGGCACGUGUCCCCGCAGGCCGUGCUCUUCCUGCUGUUCCUCUUCUGCCUGCUCAGCGUUUUCGUCUCCGCCUACUACCUGUAUGGCUGGAAGCGGGGCCUGGAGCCCUCGGCGGAGGCGCCCGAGCCCGACUGCGGGGACCCACCGCCCGUGGCCCCCAGCCGCCUGUUGCCGCUGAAGCCCGUGCAGGCGGUCGCCCCUUCCCGAACCGACCCGCUGGUGCUGGUGUUCGUGGAGAGCCUCUACUCGCAGCUGGGCCAGGAGGUGGUGGCCAUCCUGGAGUCCAGCCGCUUCAAGUACCGCACAGAGAUCGCGCCGGGCAAAGGUGACAUGCCCACGCUCACCGACAAGGGCCGCGGCCGCUUCGCCCUCAUCAUCUACGAGAACAUCCUCAAGUAUGUCAACCUGGACGCCUGGAACCGGGAGCUGCUCGACAAGUACUGUGUGGCGUACGGUGUGGGCAUCAUCGGCUUCUUCAAGGCCAAUGAGAACAGCCUGCUGAGCGCACAACUUAAAGGCUUCCCACUGUUCCUGCACUCGAACCUGGGCUUAAAGGACUGCAGCAUCAACCCCAAGUCCCCACUGCUGUACGUGACGCGGCCCAGCGAGGUGGAGAAGGGCGUGCUGCCCGGCGAGGACUGGACUGUGUUCCAGUCCAACCACUCCACCUACGAGCCGGUGCUGCUGGCCAAGACGCGCUCGUCCGAGUCCAUCCCACACCUGGGCGCGGACGCCGCGCUGCACGCUGCACUGCACGCCACCGUGGUGCAGGACCUGGGCCUGCAUGACGGCAUCCAGCGGGUGCUGUUCGGCAACAACCUUGGCUUCUGGCUGCACAAGCUGGUCUUCGUGGACGCUGUGGCCUUCCUCACGGGCAAGCGUCUCUCACUGCCGCUGGACCGCUACAUCCUGGUGGACAUCGACGACAUCUUCGUGGGCAAGGAGGGCACACGCAUGCAGGUGGACGACGUGAAGGCCCUGUUUGACACACAGAAUGAACUUCGCACACACAUCCCAAACUUCACCUUCAACCUGGGCUACUCAGGGAAAUUCUUCCACACAGGUACCGACGCCGAGGACGCAGGGGACGACCUGCUGCUGUCCUACGUGAAGGAGUUCUGGUGGUUCCCCCACAUGUGGAGUCACAUGCAGCCCCACCUGUUCCACAACCAGUCCGUGCUGGCCGAGCAGAUGGCCCUGAACAAGAAGUUCGCUGUCGAGCACGGCAUUCCUACAGACAUGGGGUACGCCGUGGCCCCCCACCACUCAGGCGUGUACCCCGUGCACGUACAACUGUACGAGGCCUGGAAACAGGUGUGGAGCAUCCGCGUGACCAGCACGGAGGAGUACCCUCACCUGAAGCCGGCCCGCUACCGCCGCGGCUUCAUCCACAACGGCAUCAUGGUCCUCCCUCGGCAGACGUGCGGCCUCUUCACACACACCAUCUUCUACAACGAGUACCCCGGUGGCUCCAACGAGCUGGACAAGAUCAUCAACGGGGGGGAGCUCUUCCUCACCGUGCUCCUCAAUCCUAUCAGCAUCUUUAUGACGCACUUGUCCAACUACGGGAAUGACCGCCUGGGCCUGUACACCUUCAAACACCUGGUGCGCUUCCUGCACUCCUGGACCAACCUGCGCCUGCAGACACUGCCCCCUGUGCAGCUGGCUCAGAAGUAUUUCCAGAUCUUCUCCGAGGAGAAGGACCCGCUCUGGCAGGACCCCUGCGAGGACAAGCGCCACAAAGACAUCUGGUCCAAGGAGAAGACGUGUGACCGCUUCCCCAAGCUGCUCAUCAUCGGGCCUCAGAAAACAGGCACCACUGCCCUCUACCAGUUCCUGAGCAUGCACCCAGACCUGAGCAGCAAUUAUCCCAGCUCCGAGACCUUUGAGGAGAUCCAGUUUUUCAAUGGCCACAACUAUCACAAAGGCAUUGACUGGUACAUGGAGUUCUUCCCCAUCCCCUCCAACACCACCUCCGACUUCUACUUUGAGAAAAGUGCCAACUACUUUGACUCGGAAGUGGGGCCCGAACGGGCCGCUGCCCUGCUGCCCAAGGCCAAGAUCCUGACCAUCCUCAUCAACCCGGCCGACCGGGCCUACUCCUGGUACCAGCACCAGCGCGCCCACGAUGACCCCGUGGCCCUGAAGUACACCUUCCAUGAAGUCAUCACCGCAAAGUCUGAUGCGUCCCCAAAGCUGCAUGCCCUCCAGAACCGCUGUCUGGUGCCUGGCUGGUAUGCCACCCACAUCGAGCGCUGGCUCGGCGCCUUUCAUGCCAACCAGAUCCUGGUGAUGGACGGCAAACUGCUUCGGACAGAGCCUGCCAAAGUCAUGGACACCGUGCAGAAGUUCCUCGGGGUGGCCAACACCAUCGACUACCACAAAACCCUGGCGUUUGAUCCAAAGAAAGGGUUUUGGUGCCAACUGCUGGAAGGAGGAAAGACCAAGUGUCUGGGCAAAAGCAAGGGCCGGAAGUACCCAGAGAUGGACUUGGACUCCCGAGCCUUCCUGAAGGAGUAUUACCGGGACCACAACAUUGAGCUCUCCAAGCUGCUGUACAAGAUGGGCCAGACGCUGCCCACCUGGCUGCGGGAGGACCUCCAGAACAGCAGGUAGCCGCGGCCACCACCACUAGACUGAACACUUGCGACGGCGGGGACAUCCUGCCUCACGCUGAGCCAGACUGACCUGCCGUGGGAGCGGGGCCGAGGCCAGCCAAGCACUUAGGAGCAAUACUCUGCCGAGGCCACACAGCACCCAGAGAAGAGCCCAGGCGGGCCGCCCGCGUGGGGCUCCGAGCAUCCGCUGCUGGGCUGCGGUCUGUGGACCUCCCCAAACACCAGAGGUCAAUUCCGUUCACAGGUUCUCUGUGGAGAGACCGCUUCCUGGUAGGAGGGAUUCUGAGACUCUGGUCUUGUCCCCUCACUGUGUCCUCCCCACCUUGUCCAUCUCCUCCAUCCCACCACCCACCUCAGCAGGGUGUCCCCGCCACAUCCCCUGUCCUCCACACAGGAGGGGAGAAGAGCCCAGCAGGGUCUUUGCCAAGCCAGGGGGAGGGGCCGGACGCCCCCGCCUGCUCAGAGGCUCAGCUGUCCGUCACACCAGGUCCCCUGGAGCGGGCUCUGGACUCCCACACGUGUUCUGGUUGGAACCUGUCACCGCUCAGCUCCCCUUGUCAGGGUUAGGAUCUCUGGUUCCUGCCAUAUGCACCCGGUCCUCAAGGUCUCCCUCGGGCCCUGGGGCCCUGCCAUGCCGUUGGACCCCGGAGAGAGACUGAGGCCCCAGCCCACUCCCUUUCUGCACCCUGGGCUCUGACGCGCUUGGUGUUUCCUGUGGUAAAGACUGGGGUGGUGCAGGGCCGGCCAGGACACACGUUCCCGUGUACAUGCAGGGUCCUGUGCCCGCCAGCCUCAGUCCCCGGCAGACCCUGGGCAAAACUGGCUAGACUGCCGCCCACUGCGCCGCCCGAGCUUCCUGUGGCGAGGGUGCCCAGAGACCCCGUUAACCUCCCAGAUACUAAGAAGCUAAAGUAUUUUAA